GGUAGAAAUUCAUUCAAAUUUAUUGAUGAUAUGCACGUUAUAAAAUGAAGGUAAAUUUAUACUUUUACUUUUAAAGAUAUACCAAUAAAAUUAACAAAACCAACAAAAAAGAAAUGAAUUUAUGGAUGAAAUCAUUAAUUCAGUCAAACACAAUAGAAAUAUAUUAACAAGAACAAUAUUAUUUUGAUUAAAAUAGUAUUGACGACUACAUAAAUAAAAAAUGAAAAAUUUAUUUGCUAGUCCUAGCAAAUUAGAGCUGUGUCUAUUUUUAUCACUUUAAUUUAAACAAGUAAAUGUAUCCUUUUCCUAGGGCUGGGUCUUCAGCUUCUGCAACCUUAGCAUCGUUGUAAUAAACCCACUCUUAAUUUCUCUUAACAUACGCCACAUAAUGACCUGAAUGUACGCUUUUACCGAUAUGAACUAUUGCAGCUAAUAAAUCCGAUAAAUAAAAAAAAAAUUAAUACACAUAUAUACAUAUAUAAAUAUUGAUUUUUAUUUAAUAUUCUUAGAUCGAUUGAUGAUCAGAUAGGCAUGAAAUUUAUUUAAUUAUAUAAAUAUAAAUUCAAAUAUUUUAUCAUUCAAAAUACCUUGCAAUUCAAAGCUUGUUCCU